UGCGGGUACUCGUAGUCUUUCUGGAAGAAGAUGUGCUGAGUCAUCCGAUACGUCUGGAAGAGGUACAGGACUCGUCUGGUCGUAAUGGAGUGGAAGCUGAUCUCCAAGUAGGAAAUAGGUGUAUGGCCAGAGAAUCCAGAAGAACUGAAAAAGGAAUAUGAAAGAAUAAUGGAGAUGAUGAAACAGAAACCUAAUGAAGAAAGUAAAUUUUGGCAUUACUCUAAGGUGAUUGGUGGGGGCAUGUUGGUUGGAGGUCUUGCGGUAGCAGCAGCUCCUGUUGCUCUGUCUGCAGCAGGCUUCACUGCUGGUGGCACUGCUGCAACCACAAGUGGCACAUUGGCAGGAACUCUGGCUGCGCGGUUGAUGUCUAUGGCAGCCAUGGCUAGCGGUGGUGGUGCGGCAGCAGCAAGCACAGGGGGGUGGUUUGCGGCUGCACAAUCAGCGGGGGCUGCUGGUCUCUCAGCUACCACAAACUUUCUGAUUGGCUCCACAGCUGGAACACUGGGUGGUUUUUUCGCCUCUCGGUUUGGUAAAAAGAAUACAUCUGAACAAGGACAGUUACCAGAUAAAUCGCAGGGACUACCGACUAGAACUAGGAAUGAUAUGAAUGACAACCAGACCUCCAGAAAUCUUUCUUUCGCAGAGUCCAGGAAAACCGCCGAUUUAUUAGCAGACAUUUACCAAUCCAACAAUAUUCCAACAUCACAGAAAGAAAGUUGCUCUUCCCUGGACUCUACAGAUCAAAAUCAAGAUGAAGAGUACUUGAGUGCUGAUAUCCAAAACAUUAGCUUGAAUGCAGAUGAAGCUGAGCAAUUACAUUGUCAGAACCAGCAACUCCAGGAGGAAGAGAACCAGUGUAAGAUCUGCUUGGACAGUGAGAUGGACACUUUGUUUGAGCCCUGUGGUCACCUGUGUACCUGUAGAUCCUGUGCCAACAUGCUACGAGUGUGUCCCAUCUGUAGAAACCACAUCAAAAAGCUACACCGAGUUUACAGGUCUUAGGUAAACAGCAGUCCUGGUUGUGUGGCAUAUUCUGAUGGAUAUCUUGUUUGAUUGAUGUAAUAUAUUAAUGAGAUUGUUUAUUCAUUUACAUGUUGAACUUUACUAACCGUAAAAAUGAAGGAUGUUUUAAUUAUUACCGGUAUGUGUAAACUGUCUGCAUACAAUGCAUUCCCAUGUCAAGGAUUAAGCCUUUGAAAGGCCCAAUAUCUACCGGUAGUACAAAUUGAACACCUUUUUUUGAGAAACAUAGAUUAAGGUUUAAAUUUUCCUGAUUUUUGUUACUCAAAUGAUUUUCACAAAUCAAAAUUAUAAACAAUGCAGUGGUGUUGGAAGCAAAUUGAAA